AUGCCCGACAAACUCACUGUGCCGCCGUCCGAGAAUACCGUGCGCGUCCGCAUGAUUGACUCCACCGCUCGAUUCACGCUUCAAGCCGAGUCUUUCUUCGAGCCUAGCCAGCGAGGUCUGCAGUGUUACGAGGUCCCAGAUGUGGCAUUCCUAAUCGACCAUGAGCCCUCAGGCCGUGCCGUCAUGUUUGAUCUGGGUGUUCGGAAGGACUAUUGGAAUCUUCCCAAGGUGAUGCUCCAUCGAUUGAGUACCGACAUUAUAUCGAAUGUUAAAAUCGAUUCUGAUGUUCCUGAUAUCCUGCUUGAGAACGGCAUUAUGCUGGAGAAAAUCUCCGCGGUGAUAUGGUCGCAUUAUCACUGGGAUCACAUCGGAGACAUGUCAUUAUUUCCGUUUUCAACUUCCCUGGUGGUCGGGCCAGGAUUCAAGGCUGCGCCGAAUUUGUUGCCGGGGUAUCCCCUUAAGGAAGAUUCUCCUGUUUCUGCAAACGCCUUCACGGGACGAGAUCUUGAAGAAAUUGACUUUUCGCAAUCAGAGUUGACAAUCGGAGGAUUUCGCGCCUUUGAUUUCUUCUCGGACGGGUCAUUCUAUCUCCUCGACACCCCAGGUCACUGUAUUGGACACAUCUGUGGGUUCGCUCGCACGUCUGUUGGCCCAGAGAGCUCUUUUGUGUUUCUUGGAGGAGACAUUUGCCAUUUCGCAGGCUGCUUCCGGCCGUCACCAGAUUCUCCACUGCCGCCCAUAAUCCCUGCUGGUAUCCUUGAUGCGAAUGACGACCACAGCGAUCCGUUUCCAGCAACGACAUUCACAAAUAGCUACUCCGCCGCGAGGCCAGAUGAAGAUCCGCUAUCAACUCCAUUUUCGAAAAUAUCAACGAUACCGACCUCGGCAUUCGCAUUCCCUGAUGUUUCGCAACAGACUGUGGAAAAAUUGAUUGCAUUCGACACAUCUCCACAAGUACUAAUAUGCUUCGCCCACGAUCAAUCUCUGCCUCUGUUUCUGCCAACAAUGAACACGAGCCCGAAGGAAUGCCUGAAUGAUUGGCGAUCAAAAGGGUUGAAAGAGCAAUGUCAUUGGGACUGGUUGAAUAUCCUCCCUACGGGCAAGUCAUCGGGUCGGACGCCAGUCGUACAGGAGAUGUGGAAAGAUGGAAAGCCGUGGCCUGGGGGGAAAGAUAAAUUACGUGCUAAGAGUCGUGGCGAGGACGUUACAGAAUUAUAA